AUGAAGGUCGCUCUCCUCGCCUCUCUCGCUACGGUAGCCAUCAGCGCCCAUGCCCACUUUACGAUGCAGUACGUCUGGGACGACGGUGUUGACGAGGGCCUGAACAGCUACAUUCGGAUACCCCCAAACAACAACCCGGUGACCGAUGUGACCUCCACAGACCUGACUUGCAACGUCAACGGUCUCUCUGGAUCAAGCGUAGAGACUCUCACGAUUCCGGCUGGUAGUAGCAUCACCUUUGAGUGGCACCAGCACGACCAGCGCACCGGCGAGGACGCUAUUUCAGGCGGCCAUAAGGGUCCCGUUCAAGUCUACGUUGCCAAGGCGCCAACUACCGCGGCCGAAUUCGAUGGUCAGGGAUCCGUGUGGACCAAGAUUUACUCAUCAGGUCUCCUUGACGCUUCCUCUUCGGAGUGGGCGACCGACGUUGUCAACGCCAACAAUGGCAAGCACACUGUCACCCUCCCUUCUUCACUUCCCGCUGGAGACUAUUUGCUGCGUGCCGAGAUCAUUGCACUUCACGUUGCACAGAGCUACCCGGGCGCGCAGUUCUACAUCGGAUGCGCUCAAGUCACCAUCACGGGCGGCGGCAACGCAUCGCCUCCCACCAUUGCGAUCCCAGGCGAGUACCAGCCCACCGACCCCGGCAUCACCGUCAACAUCUACAACAACCUUCAGAGCUACACUGCCCCCGGCGGCGACGUCUGGGUCGGAUGA